AUGUCCACCAAGUAUUUCACCAUCAUAGCGUCUACAGCUUACAUCUGCGACUACUUGGAAACCGUGAAACUUGAGGUGAAGUAUAUGUGGAAUGGAUUAUGGAACCUCGCGAGAGUCCUGUUCUUCAUAUCUCGCUAUAUCGCGCUUCUCCAAAUCCCGCUCUUCAUUCAUUUUAUUUACGAGCGUUACAUGGAUCCCAUGGGGUGCUAUGUCCUCCAAGCAUCCAUUUUAACGUCUUCGUUCGUCGGAGAAGCUUGUCCACUGGCGCUUCUUAUAUUAUGUUUGUACGCUCUCUUUGGUGCGAAGAGAAAGUACGCUCCCCUGUUCGCCUUUGGAUACUUCCUUCUCGUAGCAUUUCGAUUCACGACUCUCGCAGUUGUCCUUCCCAACAUGAUAGCGAACGCGUGGCCCUAUGCACCCUUUCGGUGCUCGCUAUCUACCCGGGUAAUAGGCGUCAAGUUCAUCCAGGCCAAUAGGAUUCUUAAGAUCGUCGGACAAGCCAUUCUGCUGGCUUUAACGUGUUACAUUGGAUACAAGCGGUCCAAGGUUACGAAGUCUCCCCUUUUGAUGACGAUGUGGAGAGGUGGGGUUCAGUAUUUCGCUGGGAUAUGCUUUAUGACGAUACUCGAUCUCAUCGCGCAUUACCUUCGUCCAAAAUGGGGUUACCUUUCGAUUGUCAACUAUCUCCUCAGAAUAUCCCUCCCCAUCCUCGCCAACCGCCUACUCCUCCAGAUGUACAAACGUGCUCGGAUGUACGACGUUGGGCAAACCACACCGACGAUAUCUGGUCUCCGUUUUGCUGAUAGGUUCCCUGAGAUCUCGGAUGAUGAUAGUUUGGUCAGUUCCGACUUUAGUGACUCGGAUGGAUUCGGUGGAACAGGGAGACUCGGAGAUGGGGAAGAGUUGGAGAUGGCACGUCGCGGUGAAAAGGUGGAGGGGGACGGUCGGUUGUGA